AGCACAGUAAUCUACAAAAUUGUUUGCAUUCGGUAGAAGUGUACGGUCGUUUCGGUACCUGGUCGUUUUGGUACCUAAAAAAGAAAGUUGUUUCGGUACUUUUCGGAAGUCGGUUCGACAUUUUUUAAAAAGUUAUACAAUCACGCACAUCACACUUCAAACGUGAUCACGGUUGUUUUCUUAACUGAGUAGAUCAGAGUAGCUCGAAAUCAUUACCAACUUGUCAUAAAAAUGAGAGUAUCACUCUCAAAAUUAUCAAUUAUGUCAUUAUGGCAUCGCUUGACAUGUGCACCGAACGCGACACCAUUGUUCGGCCUAGGCAAGAGGCCAUACAGUGCGACUCUUGCAGCAGAUGGCAGCACCGGAUCUGUGGAAGUGGUGAGUACAAUUCGAUAAAUACGUCCUGAUAUACCUAGUAACUUGUUUUAUUGGUUUUACAUGUUAUAUAUUAGUCCCGAUAUACCUAGUUACUUGUUUUAUUGGUUUUACAUGUUAUACAUUAGUCCCGAUAUACUUAGUAACUUGUUUUAUUGGUUUUACAUGUUAUAUAUACUAUAGUACGUCCCGAUAUACUUAGUAAUUUGUUUUAUUGGUUUUAUAUGUUAUAUAUACGUCCCGAUAUACUUAGUAAUUUGUUUUAUUGGUUUAACAUUUUAUAUAUUAGUCCCAGUAAUUUGUUUUAUUGGACGCAAGCCGUUUACAGGAAAGUCCAGGAGCUUGGCCUGAAGGUAAUUAUAAAUGAAAAGUUCAUUUGUUAAUGAAUAAUGGAUUAGCGACGGAUUCCCAUACAUACAAAUGCUAUUGUAAGUUCUUGAUAAAAUUUUGUGUUCCCAUAUUAAUUUAUGUUUUAUCAUAAUUUAUUGUUUCCAUUUACAGAAAGCCUACGAGGAGCAUGGGAAAGUUUACAGCUUUCUUUCCGAGGUGAUGGCUCUACACUUUCUACCCAGAGAACACAUCUUUGCAGCGUUUGACAGUCUCCGGGAGAGGGCAUCGUCUGGGCCCCUCCUUGAUCUGAUGAUCUACAUUGAGAGGACCUGGAUGAUGAACAGGGUCUUCCCAAUCAGUGAUUGGUGCAUGUUCAAGACUAGCAUCAGGACCAACUACGACGUGGAAGGGUGGCACCAUCGCCUGAACAGUAGAGUAAACACGAAAGGUCCAGUGCCAUUCUACCUGCUCAUCCAGGAACUCUUCCAGGAGACGGCCUCCAUCCCCCUACAACUUCGAUUGGUGAACGAAGGGAAACUCAAGCGAUUCCAGCGGAAGAGGGCCCAGAAAUCACAAAGACGUCUAUUCAAGCUUUGGAAAGAAUACGAAAGACAGAACCUCUCAACAUCGAAGUUUUUGAGGAAGGCCGUUUCCCUUCUUGGCUAGAAGUGCAAUGUGUCCAUAGAAGCUAUUUCAUCUAAACGAAAACAAUAGUAGCUAGUAUGUAUAGAAGAUGAAUAAGUGUAACGUAUAGAAGAUGAAUGAGUGCAACGUAUAGAAAAUGAAUAUUCUCUCUUUUUGUCAUUUAUAAAAGACCAUUAUACUCAAAAUAAACUGUUGACUAUCCAUUCUCGCCAGCACUUGCAAGCAACACUGUUCUAAAUUGAUAUUAUUUGCAAACAAUAAUUUGCAAACAAUAAUUUUCAUUGGCAACGAUCAAAACUUGUUCAAACAACCGAAAUUGGCGGGAAUAGAUAUACGCGGUUCAAUUUUGAGGAAGAUAUCAAAUAGCCAUGGCGCAUGUCUUCAAACCUCUGACAUUUAUAGGGACUCUAAUCGUAGAUUGUGACGGAUUUAAGAUGAUGAUAAUAGGAACCAUGAACAAUGAAGCAAUUCUGUUUAGCUCGAACGGAAUAAAUAGAGUCAUUCAUAUCACAUUCGUAGUCUAUCUAAGGGACGUUUAUUCUGUUUGACUGUUAGAGUUUUCUCCCUUUGUUCAUUCAGGAUACUUGGUAAAAAUAGCAUAACAAUCGUCAAAACAUGGUCUUAAGACGUUCAUUAUUAGUCAAAAAUAAGACUUAUAUUCAAGUACCGAAACUACAUUUGUAAGUACCGAAACGACUUUCGCAAAGUACCGAAACGACCGAGUACCGAAACAACUGGGCACCGAUACGACUUGAAUUCAAGUGUGAAUGCAGGUCAGCUUGUGGUUUUAAGAUAGACGAUAUGAAAAUAACACUUUUAAAAGCUAACAGUAUUUACCAUAAACGUACUGUAGUUUUUCCGUAUGAUAAAUUCAAUCUAGUCUACAGCACAGGUGCCGGACUCGUUUUAUAAAAUAAUAACAUAUAAGAGUACAUAUAAAUGAGACGAGUCAGGCAUCUGUGGUCUACAGUUACAGCUGGACAGCUGAUUAUAACCAAAAUCAUUAUCAAGAGAUCAAUCUCAACCACUCUGUGCAGUACAGAAACAAGUGCGCGUCACACCAUCGAAACGACUUUAAGUAUUGGUUGGUAUAUUGCUAGAUUUGUCCAUCAUUUAUCACUUAAUUACAUGAAUCAAAAGUCUUUGGUUCUACGUAAACAGUCUGCAGAGUUAUU